AUGUCAGGGGAGGAAGAGUUUUAUCUGUUCAAGAACAUCUCCAGCAUAGGGCCAUGGGAUGGACCUCAGUACCACAUUGCACCUGUCUGGGCCUUCCACCUUCAGGCAGCCUUUAUGGGUUUUGUCUUCUUUGCAGGGACACCCCUCAAUGCCACAGUACUAGUAGCCACACUGCGCUACAGAAAGCUACGGCAGCCCCUCAACUAUAUUCUGGUCAAUGUGUCCCUUGGGGGCUUCCUCUUCUGUGUCUUCUCUGUCUUCACCGUCUUCAUUGCCAGCUGUAAGGGAUACUUCCUCUUUGGUCGCCAUGUUUGUGCUUUGGAGGCCUUCCUGGGCUCGGCAGCAGGUCUAGUGACUGGCUGGUCUCUCGCCUUCCUGGCCUUUGAACGCUACAUUAUCAUCUGUAAGCCCUUUGGCAACUUCCGCUUCAGUUCCAAACAUGCCCUACUGGUGGUCCUGGCCACCUGGAUCAUUGGCAUUGGCGUCUCCAUCCCACCCUUCUUUGGCUGGAGCCGGUUCAUCCCUGAGGGCCUGCAGUGCUCCUGCGGCCCUGACUGGUACACUGUGGGCACCAAGUAUCGCAGCGAGUACUAUACCUGGUUCCUCUUCAUCUUCUGCUUCAUCAUGCCUCUCUCCCUCAUCUGUUUCUCCUAUUCUCAGCUGCUGGGGGCUCUCCGAGCAGUAGCAGCUCAGCAGCAAGAAUCGGCGUCCACACAGAAGGCUGAGCGGGAGGUGAGCCGCAUGGUGGUGGUGAUGGUGGGGUCCUUUUGCCUCUGUUACGUGCCCUAUGCUGCUCUGGCCAUGUAUAUGGUUAACAACCGGGACCAUGGACUCGAUCUACGACUCGUCACCAUUCCUGCCUUCUUCUCCAAGAGUGCUUGUGUGUACAAUCCCAUUAUCUACUGCUUCAUGAAUAAGCAGUUCCGAGCUUGCAUUAUGAUGAUGCUGUGUGGGAAGUCCAUGACAGAGGAGACUGACUUGUCCAAUUCUCAAAAAACUGAAGUUUCAACUCUCUCUUCCAGCCAAGUUGGACCCAACUAA